AUGGAUCUUGAGUUAUUACAAGAUCUGUCCAAACUCAAUUUCCCAGCAGCCAUCAAGAUCCGAUCCAAAAGUACCUCUAAGAACAAGAACAACAACGGCGAUGACAACGAUGGCCUCAGCUGCAGCACACCCACAUCCCAAGAACACAAGAUUCCCUCCAUCGCUGAUUCUCCACCUCCUCCGCCGCGAAAACCUCGUCCACCGCCGUCGAAACCGUCGGCCACGGCGGCUCUGAUGAUCAGAUCGUGCAAGAGGAAGCUUUUAGUGCCGACUUGUGAGAUUAUCAUGAAUCGGGAAGAGAUUGACCGUUUCUUCUCCUCCGUUUAUAAUGACGCGUCAACGACGGCAAAACGGCGGAGAAGUUAUCCUUAUUGUGCGCGAAGAUGA